AUGACGUCUGGAUUUUCAGCUACGCCUCGAAAGGAGGGCACAUGGACAAAGCUUGUGAUAUUUGUUGCGCUAUACAUGCUACUCUUCGAGUCUAUCUUGGAAUGGGUGCUCGUGCUCUAUGUUUACGGUAAUGGCCAGGUUGACUCAAAGAUGACCCUGAGUGUUGUACUUGCACUUGUCGCAUCUUUUCUCUCGGUGCCACUUGUCAGCCUCCAAAGCUUGGUCGCUUGGCAAUACAACAACAUUGGUGGAUUCGGAACCCAGAAGACCAUUCUGCAUAAUGUAUGCACAUAUGUCCUUCGCUUGGAUCUUAUGCUUUGGCUAGCUACAAGUGUAGCUGGUCUAGUGGUUGCGGCGCAGCAGGUUUACUGUCUCCCGGAAGGAACAGAUGCAAGUUUUUGGAGAGUCGGUACAAGCUGUGCCUUCCACCGAUCAUCUGUGAUCGUGUCGGUUAUCUCAAUGGUCACCGUGUGCACAAUGUACUGUGCGAGAGAGCUCUGCGAUCGACCAUACGAUGUAUCUCUUCUUGGCAUAUACAAGCGCCAGAAAUUCAACAGAGAUGGCAGUAUCGUCUCUGGCAAUAGUUGGGAUAGCGAGGAAACACUCAAAAACGAGAUUUUCUAUCUUUGCCGUCAACACGACGGAAACGGUCCCGGGGAGUUCUGGUCUCUAGACCCAAUCGCCAACAGAGUCAAUUGCCAUCCUAGCAUCCGCCAUCCUGCACCAGUCCGCCUUCGACCUCAACUCCGAGUCAACACCGACGGUUCGACAUACGGAGAGAUUAUGUCUGGAACGACGAUUUCACCCGACACUCCACACCGCAUCUCUCCUGGAUCACAAAGCAUGGCUGCUAGCGAAUUCUAUCCCAUCUCGCGCACGUCUACUGUCGUUACUUCACAGACGGCCAACGAGUUCCGUGCUCUUGAUGCACCUCUUCCCAAGCUCCCAGGCAUUCCUCAGGAAUACACCAGUCAUAAGAGAGGAAAGCCGUCGCUGUCUUCUCUUAGACGACUCUCUUCUCUAAGGCGUUUUCUGCCAAAGUCUUUCCCGUUGUCACUUCCAUUAUCAGCGGAUCCUGAAAUCCAGGCCCUUGCAGACCCCAACAGCGCAUCAGACGUCGAAAAGCAGGUCGUGACACCAGACAGCAUGCCCAAAGCAAUCCCUCAAUCCACGACUUUCCAACUCGGCCCAAAAGGCAACACCCCAGAUGGCUCUUCAGUGUCCCUCCCCCAAAGCCCUGACAAUAUUCAACCGAAACUCAAGCCCGUACACCCAGAGGGCCACCACGCCCGAACAAUGACAAUGAACUCGGCCGACGCACCAGAAGUAGUCCCAACCCCGCCCUCCCCACCAAAGGUCCGCCGCUCUCAAACAGCCUACACCGCACCCGCAGCUCGCUCAAUUCACCACCCACACCACCCGAACUUCACCCCACGCCCACCUUCCCAGCCACAACCUCGAGCAUACUCCCAGUCUCGCAGACAAGGCCCAGGACCAAAUGUGCACCCUAACUCAAUUCGCAAGACAACGCAACAGCAAAACAUCAUCCACUACCCUGCCCGUAGCUCCUCCUACCACUUCGACCCAAACCACACCCCACUCUCGCAGAGUCAGUAUGGACACCAAUCAUCUCACUGGCCAAAACAGCGUCGUUACGAUUCAGCUCGCUCCAUGCCAGCGCCCAUCCCCCGCCGCAACGACGUCGAAGUAAUCUACCCCAGCACGCGUCGUCCGCGCAGCAGUACACCUGGUGCCGUGAACGGCCCUCUAAGCUGUAUCUUGGAGACUUCUUUUGACCCACAUGUGGUGGAUGGUCUGAGACCUGCCUCGGCUGCUUGCUUGGAGUUGCCGUCUAAUUGUAUUGAUCAGACGAAGUAUCGUGGAGCUAACCGGACAAGUUUGGGCUUUUAUUGA